GCGAGCCUCGCGCGUUUGUCCCUCACCAUUGCAUCCGCAUCUCCAUCUACUCUGGCGGCAAUUAUCCAUUGCCCUGUCUUUCAUCUAGCAGUAAAUUCCCUGCUAUCGGCACCCUUCGCUUCGUCUCUAUUGUCAUCGUCUCCUCCUGUGCCACAUCGUCAGUUUGCGCGGCUCAGACAUCUCGGGAGAAAACCAUGUCACAAGUAGAACUCAAGAAACGGCAGGUGUCGAAAGUCAGCAUGAGCACGACGAACGAACCCAUGGACCACAUGCAGCCAAAAGCCAGCAAAACACAAACCGUAACGUGGCAGGAGAUUGCAGAAUGGCAGUUUGACAACAAGUAUAUCCUCAGAGGAUACCGACCAGAGAAGGCAGACUAUCUUGCGGUUUUUACUAGCCUUACAUUCUUACACAACGAAACCUGCAACGUAUACACUCAUCUAAUCGGCGCUUUGCUUCUGCCUCUCAUUUCGCCUAUUUUCCUACGGUUCCUUGCAGACCCUCGGUUUUUCAACGUGUCGUCCAUGGACUAUGCCAUGUUCAACGUCUACUUCUGGUGCGCGGAGACCUGCCUGGUCUUAAGCGCACUCUAUCACCUGAUGCAACCCCAUUCGCAUUCUGUAGAACAGUUCUGGCAUGGAAUGGAUCUUCUUGGUAUUGUUAUUGUGACUGUGGGCACAUUCUCUUCCGGCAUCUACUAUGUGUUCUUUUGCGAAGCAAGCUUGCAAAAGCUGCACUGGUCUAUUAUCUUGACCACAGGCACUAUUACAGGUGUCCUCAUCUCGCAUCCGCUGCUUAAAACGUCUCGCUGGCGGAAUGUAAAGGCGGGUGCCUUUGUUGUUUUUGGCUCUUCGUCUUUUAUACCAUUGCUACAUGGAGUCCAGCGAUAUGGGCUUACAUACAUGCUCCAAUACUCGGGGAUGAAAUGGUAUUUACUCGAGCUUACCUUCUAUGGCACUGGAGUCACUCUAUACGCGUUUCGAAUUCCAGAGCGUUUAUCGCCAGGUACAUUUGACAUCUGGGGAAGCUCGCACCAGAUCUUUCACAUUGCCAUUUUAUGCGCAAUGUACACACACGUAACUGCUCUGUUGCAAGGCUUCACAACCUGUCAUACACUAGAUGUGUGCUCGCUUCAAGGUGUUCAUUGAGCAAGUUGAGGCUAUAUAGAAGACUGAUGUGUACAAAUAUGGUUCUGACUCGGUUUGAGCCAGUAGCAAAGAUUUGCAUGGACGUUCCUUAUUAAAUCUAUGGAUACUCAGGAUAGACUAGGUGUUCUAGCUAGAAUCUCGAUUUGAUUUCACAG